AUGCUGACUGAAACAGCCGUAAGGGUAGUUCUUGCAUCAAGGGCAUCUUUGGGCAUCUUUGAUGUGUUGGAAGAAAGUGUGAUUGUUGUAGGUCUCAAGGAACCAGGUCAGCCUCCUGUUAACCAUUCUUUCCAUAAGUUAAGCCCAGGUCAGCCUCCUGUUAACCAUUCUUUCCAUAAGUUUCGUCAGCACGCUUGUGAGGGAGAUAUGCCUAUAGUUGUCAGGGUUGCUAGGGCCUUUGCCCUUUAUAGUACUGGUAUUACAAUGGCAACUUUCCAU